UCCUCUUCUUCUUCUUUUGCUGUUCUUUUUUUCUGACUUCUAGUCUUGUUCUUCUUCUGCCGCCGCCAAGUACUGAGUUCUUCUCCACCUUCUCGAGUUCCCAUUGCUUCAAAAUACGUAGAGUUGACUAACUGGCGAAUGGAUAUGUUUUUUUCUUUUUUGUUCCUGUGGGCAGGAAGACUAGAGAAGAUGAGCAGGAAGCCAGGAGAUUGGAACUGCAGGUCAUGCCAGUAUGUUAACUUCUGCCGGCGGGAGUCAUGCCAGCGAUGUGGGGAGGCAAAGCUGGGCGUCGACCGGCCCGACUACACAAGCAACAGUGGGGCAUGGGACGUGAAGCCUGGCGACUGGUACUGCUUAUGCGGUGUCCACAACUAUGCGAGCCGCGCCAACUGCUUGAAGUGUGGUGCGGCCAAGGAUGACUCCAGCGCGGCGGUGGCUCAGUCUUGGGGAUUUGGACACGCUGCUCCCGCUGGAUGGAAAUCAGGGGACUGGAUGUGCUCCAGACCCGGAUGCAAUAAGCACAAUUAUGCAAGCAGGAUGGAAUGCUAUUGGUGCAAUGCACCAAGGGAUUAUGGCGCAGGAUGCUGAUCAGGGAAAGGAAAAAAAAAAUGUAAGAGGUGAAGUCAGUCAAAUAAAGUCUUGGACUUAUAUUUCUCCAAGUUUUCACUAACUUGCCCCAGUUUGCCCAUCUCAUCGUCCUGCUAGGCUUCUUCAAUGGCAGCCCGGACAGAAACUCAUAUUUUGGAAGUGUCUUUUUGUCGGCAUUUUGUUACCUUCUCAUGUUAUAUCUGCCUCUCAACCCUGUUCUAGCAGCAAUGCAUCAGAAGGCCUUCUAGCUUUCUUUAAGACAGUAUUAAUUGAACCUCGCAAGAGCUUAUCGAA